ACAAGAGAAAGAAAAGAAAAUGGCGGAUUCAUUACCAUCUUCUUCUUCAAAACUUGUGUAUUUUGUAGUAAUUCCAUUGAUUUUGGCGUCUGCGCUUGUGCUUAUACUCAACCAGAAGCCUUCCACAACUUAUUCAUGGCCUGAUUCUGGUGCUCCUCCUCCUGUUUCAGCCAAGGAUAGGGAGCUGACUUCGUGGGCGCCGCCGCCACCCACCGCCGCUGCGACGAUGGAGGAUCAGAUUGUGGAGAAAAAUUACAGUGAUUUAGAGAGGGCUGAGGCUAGUCUAGCAAGAGCUCGAGCAAGAAUUCAAGAAGCUCAGCGCAGCAAUCAGACAUCAUAUGACCCUGAUUACGUCCCUAGUGGUCCAAUGUAUAGGAACCCCAAUGCCUUCCACAGGAGCUACUUGGAAAUGGAGAAACUGUUUAGGAUCUACGUCUACGAGGACGGAGACCCGCCUCUUUUCCAUUACAGUAAAAGCCUGGGGAUUCUUGGGAUCGAGGGGAUUCUCAUUCAUCAUAUUGAGAUCAGCAAUUUCCGGACCAGAGAUCCUGGAAAGGCCCAUGUUUUCUUCGUCCCAAUAAGUGCACAGUCGAUAGCCAAUUACGCAUACGUGAUCCAUAAUCGUGCGUGGAGCCCCUUGCAGAACAUAGCCAGAGACUAUGUCAAUCUUAUUUCCACCAAGUAUCCUUACUGGAAUCGAACCCUUGGACAUGAUCAUUUCAUGCUUGCUUGUCAUGAUUGGGCUCCGAAGAUCUCCAAAGGCGUUCCUCUCUUAUUCAAGAACUCGAUUAGAGUCCUGUGCAACGCAAACACCUCAGAAGGUUUCAAGCCCUCUGUGGAUGUGUCGAUGCCAGAGAUAUAUCUUCCCGGUGGAAAGAUGGACGGCUUGAUUGGCGGGCCGCCUCCAUCCACUCGUUCUGUCUUAGUAUUCUACUCAGGAGGUGUUCAUGGAUACAUUAGACAAAUCCUCAUGGACCAAUGGAAGGACAAAGAUCCAGAAGUCCAAAUCCAUGAGUACCUUCCAAGGAACAUGUCGUACUACGGCAUGUUCAGGAAGAGUAAAUAUUGCAUUUGUCCUAGCGGCUGGGAGGUAGCUAGCCCGAGAACGGUCGAAGCCCUUUACACAGGAUGCGUCCCAGUUCUGCUCAAGGACCAUUAUGCUAAGCCAUUCGAUGAUGUUUUGGAUUGGAGUAAGUUCUCAGUUGACAUUCGGGUGAGUCAAAUUCCCGAGUUGAAGAAUGUCUUGAAGGCUAUACCGGAAGAACGGUACAUAGAGAUGCAGAGGAUAGGUGUUGAAGUAAGGAGGCAUUUUGAGGUUAAUUUCCCUCCUAAAAGGUAUGAUGUCUUCCACAUGAUACUACAUUCUAUUUGGCUCAGACGAAUGAAUGUUCAGCUCCAUGAUACCUACGAAAACUAACACUGACAUUAUAGUUAAGGAUGUUGAGGCCAAUUCCCACUGAUUAUACUGUAAAUUAAUACAUAUGUUGAGAGUUAUUACAUUCAAGCAUAGUUCAUACAAUUUGUGAGAUGGGUUUCCUUAAUCAUACGAUGGAUGUACCGUAUGUUACGA